AUGGUGGGCUUCCCCAAAGACAUCGCCGACCCUGAGAACGCUCAGCCUCCGAAGACCACCACCACCACCACCACCGCCAAAAGUGGCACCGUCAAACCGGGACCAGUGCAGGCUCUUGCCAACCUGCAGAAGGCGACCAAGCCGCCCGACACGUUGACCAUGGCCGUAGACGCCGUGCGUGAGCUCGCCGGUCGGAAGGGCGCCUCCGUGAUUGCCAUCCGCUCCCAUGUCGUCAGUUGUCACCCGGACGUGGACCAGGUCCGGCUGAAGCGGCUGCUCAAGAACGCCCUGGCUAAAGGCUUGGCCACGGGAGUCCUGGUGCGCCCUGGUGGGGUCAACCCGGAGAUCUCCUCGGCUGUUGGCCGCUAUAAGCUCGGGAAGCCGGUUGCAACAAAGGUGAAGAAGCUGAAGGCUGCUGUAGAUGGCAAUGUGGAAGAGGCCCUCGUGGAGGCCCAAGCAGGAGCCACCAAAAAGGCGAAAGCUCCGAAGGCUGCAAAAGCUUCAGCAGCUGUGAAAGUCGACGCAUCGGCCACCGAGCGUGCAAAAAAACCAAAGGUGGACGCUAAACUCGAAGCCACCGCCUCUUCCAGCGACUCUUUAACCAACGCAACCAAAGCGAAGCCGGCCAAGCUGAAGACUACAAUAGUCGAGAAGAAAAAGGUCGUGAAAAAGCGGACCUCCCUGGCCGUUCUGAAACUUGGCUCCAAAAACGCGGGCAAGGAGGCGGAAUUAAAUGCCAAGGCACCUCGAGCCAAGAAGACGACUGCAAAGCGAGGAGCCAAGGUUUUGCCUGCGGCUGUGGAGACUGGUGGUGAUGCUGCUGGUGAUGAUGAUGACGAGAGCCAUGGCACGAAAGCAAAAGUGCCCAAGAAGACCAAACCAACGGUAAUGAAAACUGCACGGGUUAAGGUGGUAAAGAUUGACGCUGAUGAAGCGAAGGUUAAAAAGCCCAGGGCUGUUGCCCCCAAAAAGGAAGCUGCACCAAAAAAAGUAAAAGUGGAACGGAAGCCAGCGGCCUGA